AUGGAGGCCGUGAGAGCCCAGCAGAACGAGGGUUUAGGCACGAAGAGAGGGACGGCAAGCUCGGGGAAGGACUGGCUCAAGAAUCAAAGAGAGCGACAGAAGCAGCUGCUGGCAACCAUCGAUGCCCUCCUACCUGCACAAGCAAAAACGAAGCAAGUCAAGGGCGUGGGAUCUCGUUCCUGUGGGAGUUCAGGGCGGUCCAUGUUCACCAUCUUGCAGGACACCAUCUCUUUGAUCCGCGACCUGAGAGACAAGGGACAAGCGCUUCAUCCCACACAAGUGAAGCUGCUACAUCAGCCGGCAACCUCUGCCAUCUCAUGGAAGGAGGCGCUGCUUGCAAGCCGAACCUGCAUGAUCUUCGAGACGCACAUCCCCAGCCUCACCGUCAGAAACAUGAGCCUCGCGGCAAAGCACUUUUGUGGGAGCAUGGCGGCAGAGAGAGAUGUGUCUUUGUACAACAUUGUGGCGAAGGAUGAGAUCGACACGUUGAGGUUCUUUAUCGAACAGGCGCUGGCGGGAGUUUCAAGUCUUUCGAAACUUCUUCGAGUGAGGAGGCUCGACAACGUGCACGUCAAGCAGGAAGGAGCGACUGGUGGAUCCGGCUUUGACUUCCUCGAGUUUCGCAUCCUUUGGAUCGCUCAAGGUCAGAUCUCGCCAGCCUCAGUCCUCGUGGAAGCCCUUCAUCCACACUCAGCCUGCCACCCCUUGAAGCCCAACGUGAGGAAAGACAGAAAGUCUCUCGCCUUCCGCUUGGAUCGCCUGGUGCCGAGCGAGUUCAAGUCGCAGCAGGCGAAGGGUGUGGGGUCAAGAGCGUAUGGCGAUCAAGGACGAUCGCUGUUGACCAUUCUUCAAGAUAGUAUCGUCUUGAUGUCGAGCGUUUCUUCGGCGUUUGUCAGCGUGCGAGGAUCUCGCUGUAGCAUAUGCGAGGUGAGCAGGGGAGCUGCUGGGCUCUUCGACCAGCAAGUGUCUCAGCUCAUCGGCCUCUCACUGGUGGACCUUGUUCGCUCCCAAGACAGGAGCACCUUCUUUGCAUUCGUGGGGUCCGAAGGGGUUGGGAGCCAGACCAGCAACUUGGACGCGACUCUCGUUCUUGAGGUCAACCGCGAGGAACAGGCGCCGACGCUCAUCGCGGACAAUCUUGACCUGGGCCCCUUUGCUCGAACCUUCUCUCCUGUCUCCCCGCAGACUUCGCAAGCUGUUGUGCUCUCUUCGAUCUCACGUCCGAUACAAGCGUCACUGCACCUCGAGCUGCCGGACGUGGGGCAGCGGCCCGAAGCUGCCUCGUUGCGGCUCUCGCAAACGAUCAUGCGGGGAGUGUGGGAGGCAGGGUAUAGCGUGACAGGCCUCGCAAAGAUGUUCAACGAACUUCCUGCGAGUGUUCGCUCGGUACUGGACAAGGGCCUCUGGUCCAUGGAGCAAAUUUUCAGGCAUAACGCGCGCAACCAGCAAGCUCUUGUGCGUAGGACGGAGCCCCCCGGAGAGAGCAUGAAGCUGAUCAAGAGCUUGCUGAUGAAGGACGAAAAUAUCGGGUUCUGGAACAUGGAGAUCAACACGGAGACGCUGAGGAGGACGAAGCUUGAGAUCAGCCCGGGCAUCGCCAACCUCCUUAAUAUGCACCCCGAUGAAAUGCUCGCUCGCGUGGGUAACAAGGAUACGGAGCUGCCUAACUCAGACCUGGAGUUUUUCUGCACAAUCAUAUGUAACUCUUCUCCUUUUCAACUUCCUCCGCUUCCUCCUCUUCUGCUUCUCCUCCGCUGCUUGUCUGCGCUCACGGGUUUGUCAGACGAUAUCAUCUCCCUCCACCAGGACAGGCUGACUCGCUACUCAAGGCUGCUCCGGCGAUGCCCACGGGUGAAGAGGAAGGGCAGGAGGAGGCGAAGUGACGGGAUGAGGCAGACGGGCAAGCUGAUCGACCCCUUCCUAGUUCGCGUGCAUUCUAUCAAGGAGCGGAACGAGGAGGGAAGGAUCUUCCGCAUGUGGCACAUUCUUGAGCGAGUGACCCCUGACGAGUAUGACGAGGCGCGAAGAAAGAACCCGCAGAUCUGUCGUCCUAUGCUCGAGCAGAUGGGAGACUGUAGGGGAGCGGAGGACCUUUUGGAGUCGGCUAACUAUGACAACCUCUUCAACCAAAGCUUCCAGUUCAUGAAGACAACUCCUGAGGGACAACAACAGCUACAAGCUCUGGCCAACGCAGUGAAGGAAUGUUUCGCUCCUUUUGUGUCCGAAGCUGACAGGAUUGCUGGAUCGACCGGACAAGUUUGGCGAGACAUGGCCGGGGAGGGGGGGGAGGAUGUCGUCAGAGGAGGGAAGGGUCGCUGGUCUUUGGCUCUGAAAGUCUCCGAUGCGCUGGAGAACAUCCACAGGGCCAAAGACCAUGAAGAGCUUUUCCAUGCCGCUCAGGCUGCCUCCCUCUCGCUCCUUCAGGCUACUGCCACCAUCCUCUACCUCUGCGAGGGCCGCGUGACCCGUCGCCUCGACGGUCGUCGGUCUCAGACGCUUCAAGAGCCUCCGAGGUCGGGGAUCGUCGGGCGAACCUUCUUGUCCCUCAAGAUGCAGACAAGAAGCAAGCAAGAAGAGGCGCAAGGAAGACGCAAGCAGAAAGGGAAGGAGGAGGGAGAGGAGGGAGAGGAGGGAGAGGAGGAUGGUCUGCUUGAGCCUGGAGGGAGCAUCUCAAGCAUACUCACGAUCCCCUGCGUGCAUGAGGGGCGGGUGAUGGGCGUCAUGGCGGCUCUCAACAGCAUCCAAGGAAGUUUCUCCAGGAGCUCGUGCGAGGAGGCGGCGACGAGGAUCGCAAGGAGCGUCAGCCUGCGACUGAGAGACCUCGAGCAAGUAGAGGAGGUCAGACUCGCUCUCCGUCAGCAGCAGCGCGUCUGGGAACUGGCGGUGAAGCUCGCGGAGGUGGAGGAGGAGCGAGAAGUUGCCCAGCUCGUCUCCCUCCGGACGCCGAAGCUGGUGGGGUGUGAGGCAGCGAUGCUGGUGCUGGUGGAGGAGCGAGGAAGGGAGGAAGAGACCAUUUUAAGAAACUUGUCGGGAGGAGACAAGCUGAAGAAGAAGUUUACAGCUCGAGGAAUGUUUCUGACUUGUCUCUCCUCAAACAAGACCGUCAAGGUUUCUUGUUCUUCUCUCAUCGGAAGGGAAGCGCGUAACGGCCUGCUGGUCCCUCUGACGCAUCAGGACGAGGAAGCGAUCGGCCUCAUCGUCUUCCUCAACAAAGCCAAACCUUCACCUCCUGCCUCCUAUCUCCUGCUGCUCGUUAUCCUCGCCUCACCGGACGGUCAGCGACUUUCCGAGUCCGACGCCAAGACUGGCGAGCAAGUCGCAAGCUCAGUCAGCACAACCAUCAGAAACAUCAAGAGGAGGAGGAAAGCGAAUUCAGACCUCCUCCGACACAUGUAUCCCUCCUCCCUCCCUCCCUCCUCUUUCAUGACCUCCUCCUCUCCUGCCCUUCCUCAGGCUCAGGAUGUGGGCGAGCGAGUGCCGAUCGUCGCAGGCCGAGCAGGAGGCAUACACGCUGACGGCAUGCUGCUGCUGCUGCUGCUUCUGCUGCUCAACAGUCCGAUCAGGACUGCGUCAAGUCCGAGUGCGGCGCUCUCCUCCUCCUCUCUAAUUCUUCACACUCUCAAUCUCAGCCAGUCAGCCAUUCUCUCCUUCACUCUCUCUUCGGGAGAUCCUCUCAGCAUCUGCGAUGCUCAAGGCGAUUAUCUUCUCUCCAUGUUCGACUGCCCUCCCGCAUCUCCCGUCCUGACAUACCCGGUGAAGGAUGCGAUGAUGGUUCGCUGGGAGCGACUGCAGGAGGCGGCCUGUGUGAACCUGCACGCGCGGAGUUUCCCGCUGAUGGAGGGAGAGGGGGGGAGCAUGUACAGCAUGAGCAGCAAGAACAAGAGCCUCAUCGAGUUCCUCGAGAAGAUCGACAAGUUCUGCCGGGAUGUGCUGCGUUGUCAUUCUUGUACCGUUUGCUUGAGAGACUGCGAGAGCUGGGGCAUGUUGGUUCUCUCGCGCAGUAGCACAGGAUAUCACCUUGCUCCUGUCCAGAUGACGGGAAUCGCUGGUGCAGCGAUGCAGGAGGGGCGUGAAGUUUUCGUUGAGAGCAUCACGACCGAGCAUCCACAGUACGACGAAGGAUCCCUUGCCUUCAUCCGGCAACGUCUCAGCUUCAAGCCGUGA